GACCCAUCUGUGUCCUGCCAGGCGAGCACCAGGACGAAAACUGCAGGAGAGCGGCAUUUCUUUUUCCUCCUUCCUUCCUCCCUUUUGAAGAGCACUUGAUAUCUCUUUGGGAUCUGCUCCGAUUCGCAGAAGCUAGAACACAAUGGCUGACACUCUCAUUCACCGUGGAACUCUCGUCGGACACAGCGGCUGGGUCACUGCCAUCGCCACCACCCCCGAGGCCCCCGAUAUGCUCCUGUCCGCCUCCCGCGACAAGACCAUCAUCGUCUGGCACCUGACCCGUGAUGAGACCCAGUUCGGUGUCCCCCGCAAGGCCCUCACUGGCCACAACCACUUCGUCCAGGACGUUGUCAUCUCCUCUGAUGGCCAGUUCGCCCUCUCUGCCUCCUGGGACAAGACCCUCCGUCUCUGGGACCUGAACAGCGGCAAGACCACCCGCCGCUUCGUCGGCCACGAGAACGAUGUCCUCUCCGUCUCGUUCUCCCCUGACAACCGCCAGAUCGUCUCUGGCUCCCGCGACAAGACCAUCAAGCUCUGGAACACCCUCGGUGAAUGCAAGCUCAACCUUAGCCCCACCGAAGGCCACUCUGAGUGGGUCUCUUGCGUCCGCUUCUCUCCCAACCCCGCCAACCCCGUCAUCGUUUCCGCUGGCUGGGACAAGCUCGUCAAGGUCUGGGAUCUCCAGAAGUGCCAGGUCAAGACCAACCACUACGGCCACACCGGCUACAUCAGCCAGAUCACCAUCUCCCCCGAUGGCUCCCUCUGCGCCUCCGGUGGCCGCGACGGUGUUACCAUGCUCUGGGAUCUCAACGAGGGCAAGCACCUCUACUCCCUCGAUGCCGGAGACACCAUCAACGCCCUUGUCUUCUCGCCCAACCGCUACUGGCUCUGCGCUGCUACCGCCUCUGGCAUCAAGAUCUGGGACCUCGAGAACAAGUCCGUUGUCUGCGACCUCCAGCCCGAGUUCACCACCACCUCCAAGAAGGCCUCCAUCCCCCAGUGUGUCUCCCUUGCUUGGUCUGCUGAUGGCCAGACUCUCUUCUCUGGCUACACUGACAACCUUAUCCGUGUCUGGCAAGUCGUUCGUGCUUAAGCCGACUCUUUUCCUUUGUAUUUAAUGCAUGGAACACGGCGGAACCAAAGAAAGGGAUGUUGUCUUGAGACGAGAGGAUUAUUGUAUCAGAGCCGCAUCCACAUCCUGCCAGAGAGGGGCGCCGCGCAGUGUCUUACGGGGCUGUGUUGCGACACCAUCCAGGCGUUUCGGCACAUGCCCGGCGCGGUGGGUGGCCCUUGUUUGAAUCGCAAGCG